CUACAAGUUUUGUUUACAAAAUAGCUUGCAAACAAAGGAAUUUCGCGAGCCUCAAUUGAGCUAAAUGCGUGGAAAAGAAUAUUAAAUAUUUUGUAAAAUAUUGUGCUGAAUUUAUUACUGCAAGAAAGCAGAUAGAAAAAAAAAUGGACGGAGUAAGUUUGACAUUGGUGAUUUUAAUAGUUCUUUUAACUUUCCUAUGGAUCCGAUCUAAGAGACCUGGCGAUUUACCCCCGGGACCAACGCCUCUUCCACUGAUUGGAAAUAUUCCUGCUUUAUUCGGAGGAGAUUUAUUGAAAGUUUCGAGAAAUUUGAGAAAACAAUAUGGUGAUUUGUACAGCUUGUCUCUUGGACCUUAUUGGAUUGUAUUUGUCAAUGGUUAUGAUCUUCUCAAAGAGGCGUUUGUUAAAAAUGCCGACGUUUUAUCAGACAGACCAGAUACUUUCAGCAUAAAGGUGUUGUCAGAACGGCGAGGAAUUGUAUCCUCCAAUGGACAUCGAUGGAAGGGACAAAGGACUUUCGCUCUGGCAGCUCUGAGAGCAUUUGGUUUUGGCAAGAGAAGUAUGGAAACCAAGAUUUUAGAAGAAAAUAAAAAUUUUAUUGAAAUUUUAGAAAAGGAAAAUGGGAAACCUAUGGGACUUGCUGGACUAAUCAACAGAAGUGUGUCUAAUGUUAUAUGUUCUAUAACUGUAGGUAAGACCUUCAGUUACGAUGAUGAAGGUUUUACUCAAGCGGUGAACCUUGUUGGAGAGGAAAUUUCAAAUCCGUAUGCACCACUUGUUGAUAUGCUUCCAUUUCUACAGUACGUUCCUGGUGAUAUGUUCCUCAUUAACCGUUCGUUUAAGAACAAAGCCAUACUGGAGCAAGCUGUUAAAGAAGAAAUAGAAGAACACAAGCAGACAUUGGAUGAAAACGACGCAAGAGAUUUUAUUGACGCUUUCUUGUUAGAAGAGAUGAAGCACAAAGAGGAGGAGGGAACUGAUUUUGAAGAUGACCAGCUGCAGUUUACCAUACUGGACUUGUUUGCCGCAGGAACAGAGACAACUUCCACGACAAUUACAUGGGCAGUAUUAUUCCUGAUGCAAAAUAUGGAUAUACAAGAAAAAAUGCACGAAGAAAUCGAAAACGUCGUCGGAUCAAAUCGACAGGCAACUCUGUCCGACAAAACUGAUUUACCAUACUGUAAUGCUGUGAUUACUGAAACCCAGAGAUUGGGGAAUAUAGUUCCUUUGUCUCUGUUCCACAUGGCCACAGAGGAUCUCGUUCUGGAGAAUCGACGAAUACCGAAGGGAGCGAUUGUUAUUCCUGUGCUUGAUUCUGUCCAGAAUGACGAGAACAACUUUCCUAAUCCAGAAAAGUUUGACCCUACAAGAUUCAUUAACAACGAGGGAAAGUACUGUAAUCAGGAUAAGAUCAUGCCAUUUUCUUUAGGAAGACGUGUUUGCUUGGGCGAAUCUUUGGCCAGAAUGGAAUUGUUUCUAUUUUUAACAUCAAUGGUUCAAAAAUUUAAGUUCCUACCUCCACAGGGAGAACAGCCACCCACAGCAGUUGGAAGUCUCGGCAUUACCCACGGACCGCUUCCAUUUAAUGUGCGAUGUGUUCCAUGGUGAUGGCUUUGUCGGAUUGAUUUCGAAUUUCGUGACCGCUGAUGCAAAUGUAUAAAUGACAAAUAGUAAUACAUCAUGCAUGGUCUGACAUUUGUGUAAUUUGUGGUAUUUCUUUCAACUUUCAAGUACGGAGUCAAUAAAAGAAAAAGUCACAAUUAGUUCUCUAACAUGUCUAUGUUUCAUCUACCUAAGUUGUGUUUGCACUUAUUUUGAUGUUUUACAUUCAAAUUGGAUGGAAUAACUCAUGUGGAAAUUAUUUGGGUUUGUAAGUAGCCCCAAAAGCUUAUUAUGGUGUUGAUUAGUUGGUUAAUAUACUUUAUAUCAUAUUGAAACGUACAUAGAAUAUUCAUAAUCAAACCAGAAUUUGUACAGUGCACACAUGAUAAAAAAAAGUUCAAGUUUUUCCACUUUUUCAAGGAUAAGCCUUUUAUUACAGUUUUACUUCAUGUUUAUGUUUAAUGUUUAAUGUCUGCUUUUUUUUUCAUUUUUACAUGUUCAUAGACUUGAAACUUAAUAGAUAAACUAAGUCCUGGAAGUUAGCAGGCGACUAAUUAUAGAAUUAUUAAUUACUAGUACAUAUAUUCAUAUACUAGAAGUUGUAUAUUAUCAUGAUUAUAGUUAAAGUAAACUUUUUUCUUUUAAA